GGCCCACCAUUGCCGCGGCGCCUCAGUGUUCGCUGGCCAGUCAUAGUGAGAGGUCCAUCGGCGUCACUCCUCCUUCUUGCUCCUCAUCAUGCUCUUCUAGACUGCUUCCCGCCCACGUGAAGACACCGUCACAACACCAUUAACACCAUCACCACCACCAUGUCCAGCAAGAGGGUGAGCCCGUUCGCCGGCGUCCGCUACGAGCACCUGGUGGCGGGCGUGUCGGGAGGAGUCGCCUCAACUCUCAUUCUCCACCCGCUCGACCUCCUCAAGAUCCGCUUUGCCGUUAGUGAUGGCGCUGCUUCUGCCAAGCCUCACUACACAGGGCUGACGCAAGCCAUGGGACAGAUCUUCAGACAUGAGGGCAUCCGUGGCCUCUACAGGGGCGUCACUCCCAACGUGUGGGGCGCUGGCUCCGCGUGGGGCUUCUACUUCCUCUUCUACAACACCAUCAAGACGUGGCUACAGGGCGGCAACAGCAAAGUCCACCUGGGGCCCGGCCUUCAUAUGGUGGCCGCUGCUGAGGCCGGCGUGCUCACUCUCGUCAUGACCAACCCCAUCUGGGUCGUCAAAACCAGGUUAUGCCUCCAGUACACAGAGGCGGGUGCGAGUGCGGCGACGAGUGCCACUCACUACAACGGCAUGAUGGACGCACUCAUCAAGACCUACAAAUACGAGGGAGUUCGUGGCCUCUACAAGGGCUUCGUUCCGGGGGUGUUCGGCGUGAGUCACGGGGCGCUGCAGUUCAUGGCAUACGAAGAGAUGAAGGCACAGUACAACAGAUACCGCAACCUCCCCAUCGAUGCCAAGCUGACUAUGGUGGAGUACCUCACCUUCGCCUCCCUGUCCAAGCUGUUCGCCGCUGUCACCACCUACCCCUACCAGGUGCUGAGGGCCCGCAUGCAGGACCAGCACGCCCACUACGACAACCUCCGGCACUGCAUCAAGGAGACCUGGAGACAGCACGGCCCCGUCGGCUUCUACAAGGGACUGUCCCCCAACCUGAUGCGCGUGGUGCCCGCCACGGCCCUCACCUUCCUAGUCUACGAGAAAACCUCUCACUUCCUCCUCCAGUUGCGAUCAGACGACUCUUCCCCAGCCCCCCAGGACCAGCCCGCCGCCCCUGACCAAAGCAAGAAGGCAGACGAGUAGGAGUCAAGAUCACUCUGCAAGGAACGACUGCCUAAACUUGUGUGUGCCUUGUGGUGCACCGUGCACGUCGCGGCGCGGCGGGACAUCGGUGUUGUGGCAGUAUAGUGGGGUAAUGGUGCUCGAGGGGUCGCGGGAAGACUGCCCGCCCCGCCCCCUUCUGCUCUUUCUCUUGCCCUGGUGAUGGUUGUGCUGCACGUCGAGGACAAGUCACGCCAAAGAGCAGCUGAAGGUUGGAGAAGUCUCACGGCUGUUUAUUAUUUUGUUUUAUUUGCCAUUUCUCGUCGAGGAAAGUGUUCUUGUCGCAUCUUUUAUGUUUGCUUCAAACGAGCCAAGGUGAAUGUAAAUACUAUUUUGAUCUGUGUGUC